AUGUCGACCACCCCAGCUGGCCUGCCUCCCUCUACGCCCCCCUCGGCCGGCCAGAUAACCGCCUCGUUCUUCGGCAGCGGGCCCUUCUCGCCUCGAUGCGUGGAGGAAUCGUCCACGGGAGGCUACUUCGACCUCGUUGCAAACACGACGGCCGCCCCCUCCAGCGAUGCCGUGCCCUUCUUUCACCCGUCGGCAUCCCGAGACAGGGAGUUCAGCUUUGGCAUCCCCGCCAGCACCGGUGCAGGACCGGGACCGGGAACAGGAUCAGGACCAUCAACAGGCACGGCAGCUCCCAAGCUUGUUGUCCCCUCGCGGAAGAGCACAGAUAGCCUGCUCGAGCGGCGGUUCAGUGGCAGGACUACUGCCGAGCGGGAGCCGGCCGCGAGCUCGCCGCUGAUACACCAGCAACACUCCUUCACCCCGAAACUGCCGCAAAAGGGACCCUCCAAGUCGUCCUUCCACCCGCUGCUCGAGGAGCCCUCGCCGUUUUCCUCCAGUGCCUCGACGCCGCUGGUCGCCUCCUCCUCCACCGCCGCCGGCGGUGUCGGUGUCGUGGCCGGUGGUGCCAGAUUCGGCAGCCAUCAUCUUACCUCGACUCCAGCGGCCGCCCAAAUCAACAGGAUUCUGUCGCCCGCGGGCCAUCAGAAGCCGUCGGCCAUAUCCCUACACAGAACACACUCGAUUCCCGUCAGCCAUGAUCUCGGUGAUGCCAAGAUGGUCACGGCCGAGCGGUGUCUGGAAAUACUACGCUCGUCCCAGAGCGAGACCCUCCUGCUCGACGUGCGGCCCUUGCUUCAGUUCACAAAGGCCCAUAUCAAGGGCUCUCUCAACCUCUGCAUACCCACAACCCUCCUCAAACGGCCCUCGUUCAACCUGCAGAAAGUCGAGGAGACCUUUGGUACCGGGCAGGACAAGUCCAACUUCAACCGGUGGCGGUCAAGCACCCGUAUCAUAGUCUACGACUCCUCUACCAGUCUGCCAAAGGAUGCUGCCUUGCUGGUCAGCUUGCUCCAGAAGUUCUCCAGAGAAGGCUGGAAGGGCGAGUCCCUCGUCCUGGCUGGCGGCUUUAGCCGCUUCUCAACCCAGUUCCCCGACUGGAUCGAGAGUUCUCUGCCCGCGCCCUCUGCCUCCUCCUCCUCCUCUUCAUCAUCAGCUGCCGUGGCCGCGUGCACUUCUCCCAAUUCAUCCUCUUCCACAGCUGCUGGCCGUGCGAAGAAUAAUCUAUCUAUCAGCCUUACCCUCCCGACCGCCCCAUCAAUCGCCGGUGGUUGCGUCAUGCCCACGCCUUCGUCAAACCCCGUCAAUCCCUUCUUCUCCAACAUCCGCCAAAACGUUGACCUUAUCGGUGGCGUUGGCCAGCUUCCCGUCACCCUGCCCCCUACAAUGGACGAGGCCACCAGACUCUCCUUGCCAGCCUGGCUCUCCCACAUUGCCAAUGCUGAAGAUGCCGGAAAGACAGCUGCAGUCCGGUUCCUCAACAUCGAAAAGGGUGAACAGAGCCGUAUGCAGCAGGCCCUCUCUGCUCCUGGGACAUCUACCAACAACAUAGAGGGACAAACCCCCGGCAAACGUUCAUACAGAAUUGCCGGCAUCGAAAAGGGGUCCAAAAACAGAUACAACAACAUUUAUCCUUACGACCACUGCCGUGUCAAGUUAUUAGACACCACCGAAAGCAGCUGUGACUACAUCAAUGCCAGCUUUAUCCGAUCUUCGCGCUCCCACAAACGCUACAUAGCCACCCAGGCCCCUAUGCCUGCUACAUUCAACGACUUUUGGCGGGUGGUAUGGGAACAGGAUGUACGGCUUAUCGUCAUGCUAACAGCCGAGACGGAUGGAGCGCAGGUCAAAUGCCACCCAUACUGGAGGUCUGCCGACUACGGCAAUCUACGUGUCCAGCUCGUCAGUGAGGGCGCCAUCCCCCUUGACCGGCGGCAAUGUGAGCCAUCAGAGACCGGUUAUUUCAUUAUCCGCCACUUCAGCAUGACCAACUCCAAGGAGCCCUUCGAACCCCCGAGAGAGAUCACCCAGAUCCAGUACUCGGACUGGCCCGAUUUCGGCACUCCAGCCAAACCAUACCAUCUCUUACGCCUGAUUGAGGAAUGUGACGCUGUCGUGAGCGGGUCGACCGGCCGUUCCUCUCCGAAUCAUCAGGACAAUCCAGACCCAGAAGGUCAACGCAGGGUGAUUGUUCACUGCAGCGCGGGCUGUGGUAGGACAGGAACCUUCUGUACCGUUGACAGUGUGAUAGACAUGCUCAAGCGUCAGAGGAAGGCGUCCCAGAGCUCCGAAAGGACAGAGCCAAGCUGGGUAUACGAGGACACAACCGACCUUGUGGCCUCGACGGUUGAAGAUUUUCGAUCCCAGAGGUUAAGCAUGGUCCAGAGUUUACGUCAGUUUGUCCUCUGCUACGAGUCCAUCCUAGAAUGGUGGGCAUCUCAUACUUAA